AACACAAAAACACAUUGUAACAUUAGUUUAAUCAUCACACAAAACCAUUAAGCUUCUUUAUGUCUAAUAAUAAUAAUUCUCCGAUCACCGUGAAUCAAGAAACGACGACGUCUCGUGAAGUCUCAAUCACAUUGCCUACUGAUCAAUCUCCUCAAACCUCACCAGGAUCAUCUUCUUCACCAAGACCUUCCGGUGGAUCUCCGGCGAGAAGAACCGCGACUGGAUUAUCCGGCAAACACUCUGUUUUCAGGGGAAUUCGACUACGUAACGGAAAAUGGGUGUCAGAGAUUCGAGAGCCACGUAAAACGACAAGAAUCUGGCUAGGGACUUAUCCGGUACCGGAGAUGGCUGCCGCAGCUUACGACGUGGCGGCGUUAGCUUUAAAAGGACCCGACGCCGUUUUGAAUUUUCCCGGUUUAGCUUUGACUUACGUGGCUCCGGUUUCAAACUCUGCAGCGGAUAUAAGAGCGGCUGCUAGUAGAGCAGCGGAGAUGAAGCAACCGGAUCCGGGUGGGGAUGAGAAGGUGUUGGAACCGGGUCAACCCGGGAAAAAGGAAGAAGAAGAAGAAGUGUCGUGUUCGUUGGAGUUUAUGGAUGAGGAAGCGAUGUUGAAUAUGCCGACUUUGUUGACGGAGAUGGCGGAAGGGAUGUUGAUGAGUCCACCGAGAAUGAUGAUAACUCCGACGGUGGAGGAUGAUUCGCCGGAGAAUCAUGAAGGAGAUAAUCUUUGGAGUUAUAAAUGAAUUCAUUUAGCUGUCUUUUUUA